CCGUAACAUCACUCGCUCUUUGUUCUGAUACAGAAACUUAUCAACGAGGGAUGGUUCGACGAAGGGGAAUACCAACGCCACAGAUCGCCUGCCUGCCACCAACGGCAAGGGAAUCCCGUUCUAGCGGAAGGGGACAUGAAUGUCCCAAACACGUGGCGCCGACCUAGUAUUUCCCAACAACCAAAGGAAGACAGACUGCGGAGUAUUUCUAAAGAUCUGCAUUACCUAUUUAUCGCCCUAUCUUUAGACUAUGCAGAAGCUGCUCGUGCGUAUCCGACGAUACAGUCGUUGCAGCACACCAGCCGACGACAAUAAAAUGAAUAGCAAACAUCAACCAGAUAGACCCCUGGACUUUAUCCUGAAGGGCAAAGUCUACAUCGAAGAACUCCCUCCAGAUAUCGAGCCGAUUAAAAACUUUCUCGAAAAGUACAGCGGCAUCCGCCCCAAGGAUAUCGACGAGCAUGUUCACGAGAUAAGAGAUCGGUUAUGGGAUAUCUAUCCUUACAUCUGCAUUGGCCACUUUCGCUUCCUCUCGCUCAAGUUCACCCAGGAUCCUCGAUACCAAAUAGCGUUAAAUCGACUACUCGCACCCAACUCCGAGGCUAACUUCCUAGAUAUAGGCUGCUGCGUAGGACAGGUGCUGCGACAGCUCGCCUUUGACGGUGUCGAUUCUUCGAGGCUUUUCGGUACUGAUUUGGACCCCCGAUUCCUCGAAGCCGGGUACGACCUCUUCAAGGACCGUGACAAGCUGAAAGCCACCUUCGUAGCAGGCGAUAUGCUCAGUCAGAGUGACGAGGGCAAUGAUAGCGAGAGAAGCCUUGAAAUAUUUGAUGGGAAGAUGAGCAUUAUACAUGCGAUGAGUUUCUUCCACCUCUUCACACGGGAGGACCAGAUACGGGCAGCUCAGCGGAUGGUGCGGUUCCUUAACCCCAACGACCCAGAUGUCAUGAUAUUCGGACGUCAGGCCGGCACGACGACACCCGGCGACAGGGAAGGCGCUAAGAAGACCAAGAGGUUCCUACACAACGCUGCAAGCUGGCAGGAAUUAUGGGAUGAAGUCGGCCAGCUAACGGGGACGGCGUGGCGAACCGAAGUGGAUGAGAUAGAGGAACCCGGCAUGCACCCGGAUGGCAAUGCUGACGAGACGCUUCGGCGCAUACGAUUUGGUGUCUUCCGGGCUUGAAUUGUUCACGUUUACUUAGCAUGUUACGAUGGAUAUCGGAGUUUGGAGCAUAGCCUAUGGGAUACUGUAUUAAAGAUAAGCAUGGAUGAAUAUUGGACUUGGGUUUUCUUUGGCCUACUAAGUUGCAUAGGUACCUACAUACCAAUCAAAAGGCUUGCCAGAGGAAUGACUUGUUUUUGGUUCCAACCCUAAUCUGACGAGAAUAUUAGAAAAGUUGACCUCUCCCUAAGAUACGAUGUAGGCUAGAAGGUGGUAAGCUGGUCAAUGAGAUACGGGUGCAUAAACACCAGUGAUGAGCUGAUGAUCCUAAGUGAGACGAGAUAAUCAAUGAUAGAGUAGCAGCUACGAUACCAAGGACUCAAUGAUAUUAAAAUGCCCUCAAACGCUCAAGAACUAUGCUAGACGCCACACGAUGCGAAAUAUAAUGCAAUAGUUAGUCUAAAGACGUUAACGCCAUAUCUUGUAGGACGAGGCUGGAUAGGCCGGAUUACUAUGGCUCUUUACCAUAUCCGCUUCGCCACCAUUUCGUACCUCACCACUUUAGAUAACCCGUCGUCGCCUUUCUCCUUAAACUUUU